AUGUCCAGCACAUCUCUCCAGCGCACCUCUUUCGACUCCACGACCACCACCUCGACGGCCCAGCGUCCUCUGCUCGAGCGUGCACAGGGCAGCGGUGAUGUAAAGGCGAAGAUCAAGGCUGUCUUCAAGAAGGCCAAGUCCACCGAGGAACAGGGGCAGGAACAGGGUAGGCAGGAGGAUGGAAAGAAGAAGGUCGCUGUUCCGGGAAGUGUCAAGCAGGGGAGCUUUGGCGGGGAGUCGAGUCAUAUGAGGAUGCAUAUGUAG